AAUAUUCACUCAGUUUUUGCUCCUCUUGCCCUUCCUGCAGCUCCAUGGUGAUUAGAGAUCUGACUCUGCGCAGUGCUGCCAGUUUUGGCUCCUUCCACUUGAUCCGCCUGCUUUAUGACGAGUACAUGUUUUACCUGGUGGAACACCGCGUGGCUCAGGCCACCGGAGAAACCCCGAUCGCCGUCAUGGGGGAGUUCAGUGACCUGAGCUCCAUGAUGCCAUCGCUUUUGGAGAAAGAUGCGUCUGACGAGAUGAGCAGCAUGGGUGGCGGCGGCGGUGACGACGAUGCGUCCAGGGAGACUUCCGAACCGUCUGUGAAAAGGGAGAGGAUCGAUAUGAGCCAAUCUCUGCAGGAGAUGUGAGGACCGGCAUCUCUACGAGAAGGUGGUUUCCAGGGCCUUUACGGUGUGCAAUGUACAUAGAGAAAAAGGUGUAGCAGUGUCAGUCAUCCAGAUGUUAAACAUUAUUCUUUAAUGUCUUUUUUUAUUUUAACUCACGAGGAUGUAACACAGGCCUGAUUGUUUUCCUGUUGCAACUGUGAAUGACUUAUGUGUAAUAUAUUCUCAUAUACCUUAA